AAGAAGAGAAACACCCGGAAGUCCACUGUGUUUGGGUUGUCGUUGCGGCGGGAAAAGGGACGGUUAUCUCUAAGUUCAGCGUCAAAUCUUAUCAGCGUUUUUAUAUAUGAUAACAUUUAUAUCAUAACACCAGAUGAUUAAGCAGAAACUUCGUCCACGAAGCUUUAGCCUCUAAACCCGGCGACGUUGAAGCUAAAGCUGCGGACCAGACCAGACCAGCUCCUGUAACGGACGGAAACCUCCUCCCAGGUGAGACUUUGUGACCAUGCCGUCCAAGCAGCAGGAUGGGGACAAACCUAAAAUCUCCCCGGUUCUCUUCAUGACCGUGGACGGUGAACCCAUGUCUUUCUUCCUGCGCCCGGGCCCCGUCAAACGCAAACUCCAGCCGCUCAUCACAUCCGGAGGAGGGAGGCUGUGCAGUGUCCAGCAGCCAGGAGCAAUCCUGCUGAUCGACCCGGAGGAGAGAGGCUCUGUUUCUGACACUGCUGCUCACUGGUACGUGUCCACUCAGUACAUUUAUGACUGUAUCGAGAAGGAUGAGCAGCUAAAUGUCGACGACUACAGGUUAAACCCCGAAGUGGUCCCGAGACAGUCUGCCAGGCUCAACACCAGCAAAGACGGCUCUCCUGGACUCUUAGUAGGCAGGGCUGCCUACACCGCUGAAGAAGAUGCAGCCAUUUUGAGUUAUGUCAGCAAGCACAAGAGUGAGAUCGGGGGAAACCGUCUUUGGCAAGAGAUGGAGAAGCAGCAUGUGACCAGUCACAGCUGGCAGUCGAUGAAAUAUCGAUACAGAGCACAACUGGCUAAGAGACAGCCUGCGGUCGAGGAGGUGAAAACAACAGAGGUACAGACCAAGGAGGAGAGAAAUCAAGGGAGAGAUGUUCAGGAACCUUCCAGUGAAGACGCUGCUCCUCCUCAGACACAUUCAGCAGAUACAGACCUAACGCAGAUAGAGGCCCAGUCCACACCAGCCGAAAGCUCACAACCAGAAAAUGUCGAGGCUCAAGCAUCAAACUCCCCUGAACCUGGGGGGCCUUGUUUGGACCCACAGACAGAUGCCCAUCCUGCUCCAGCUGAGGGCACAGAACCAGAGACAGCAGAGCCACAAACAACCACCUCUCCACAGAAAGACAGCGUGCCAGAGGACUCGCUGGAUUCCCUGCCUGACUCUUUCACUCCUAAAAAGCCUAAAGAGAAGCAGAGGGCGUCCCCAAGGCCGGAACAGCCGCAGCGUCGAUCAACACGCAGACAGCUUGAGCUUGAGGCGUCACCAUCGCCUGAACCUUACGGCAAAAGACUCCGAUCGUCAGCAACUUCUGCUGAGAAAGUGACGUCAUCUCCCCAGUCUGCAAAGAAAACAAAUAAAACAGCUGCUAAGCCCGCUUUUCAGAAACACACAACAGCAGACCAGCCGCCCGCUAAGAGAGCCAGAGGAAAGAACGAGGCAGCAGCAGCAGAGAGUCAACAGCAGGAGAGUGAAGAAGCUACUGUGUCUGAAACACCACAGCCAGAUGAAGCAUCUAAUUCACUGCCACAGAAAGGAGAGAAGAAAAAACAAAAGAGAAAGCUGGGGAUUCUGGAGAUGGCCACAAAGGAGUUUGAAGAUGAAAGUGAGUCCUCUGAGGAUGAAGCUGCAGAUCUCCAAAACCCAACUGAAAAAGCGGUGACAUCAACAGAACCUGUCCCCCCACCUUCAGAUACAGCUGCAGGUCCUGCCUCUGCACAGUCCAACCCUGAACCUGCAGCUUCUGAACCUGCAGCUGCUGAGGCCAUCCUCACAGCCUCCAGGGCCCACCUGUUCAUAAUGGACAGUGAAUUUCAGGAAGAAGAGUCUCCGUCUGUUGUCGGUGACAGGAACCCAGCUAAAUCCAACCCCGAACCUGGACCCAGUGGUGACCGUGCACCAGAGACAGGUUGCACUAAACCUACAGCUGCUGCUGCUCAGGCUGUCCACCCAGCCUGCGGGGCCCACCUGUUCAUAUUUGAAUCUCAGGAAGAAGACUCUCAGUCUGUUGUUGGUGAUGGUGCUGCAGCUAAAUCCAACCCACAGCCACUAGUGAAUGAAGACGCUGCAGAAUCUCUGACUCAGGUGCAGUUAGAGGAGGACAUGCAGCGACUCAGAGAGCUGAUGAACCAGACAAACCAGGACUUAGUUAAUGUGACCAAAGCUCUGUUGAAGACCAGCGGCAACUUCUCUGCUGCGCGGGAUCUGCUAAUGAAUCCCUCCUCCUUCUCUGGACCGUUCUGGUCUCGCUGCGAUGACGAUCUGCUGCUCUCCGCUGAUCCUGACGUCCACCAGCAGCUGCAGGAGAAAUACGGUGAGGAGGAAGUGGCUAAAAGAAUAGUGUUUCUGGAGGUGGAGGGGUGAGAGGGGAGCUCACACACGUCUGUUACAGCUAAUAACUAGAGUGAAAUCAGCGCGUCGGUUUGCUGGUAUUCACUGUGGGCUGAAUUUCUUCAUUGGUGUCCAAAAAAUAUUACAAAUAUUGUGGCUCUUCCUUCGUUACGUUAUUCCCACUAACUUUGAAGAACUAAAAUCAGAGACAUCGAAGGAUAAACAGCUCCCUGGCACUUCAACCAUUAAAUGUUUUUAUGUAAAUAACAUAGUGCCAUGUGCUGUUCACUUGUUUGGGGACAGAAUAUUUUAAUGCAUUUUAGCAUGAAAAUACUUUAUGUGUUUUUUAAUAUUUUUGUUUUCAUUAAAUUGCAAAACAUUUAGUUGUUUCACAUCAUCUAAUAACUUGCCAAACAUGAAAUAAAAUCAGUGCAAUUUUUUAAUGUA